UCACUUCACACACGGAUAAUUCAGCCACCCAACCCGAGCAGCUCCAUCACCACAGCCACCACCGCCACGCGUAUAUACGCUUACACACUCGUGGCAGAAUCUUUUUAAAAAGUUUUUUUUAAUAGCAGCCGAUUUUUUUAUUAUCGCACACCGUACCCCCGUUUAGACACCGUUAGAUCAGUAAUAAUACCGCGAAUGAUGACGAUACUACUUCAAUAGCGAAACAAGAGCAUACACAUCAUAGGCCAUUGUUUGACCUUGCUGAUAUUAUCUCGGAUUCAUAAACGGUGUUGAUUUAGUGAGCUAACACGCAUACACGUACAUGGACACGUAAAGACACGGUCCAAUCGCGAGUACGUGAUACACAUAAAUUCGCGUAAAUAAACGCAGCCACCAACCGACACUUUGCAGCCUUCUUUUAGACUGUUGUGAGCCAAUUAUGUUAGCGAGCACCUAUUUAAAUAAACACCUAUCCGUUAUUUCACAAGCACUAACACACACCUGGUAAAAGUGGGCGAGAUAAAAUUGUCAAGUCAACAAUCUUAGCCACGCCACGUUAAUUAUCAUCGUCACCAUCACUAUUAUUGGCAUAUCGAAUCAAACUUUAAUUUGUAAACCGGCCCACCAAAAACUCUUCCACACAACCUCAGCCACGCCACCAACAAACAAACAAACACACCACCACCACCACCGCCGUUUUCCACGACCCAUUAUCAACUUGUAUUAAAAGACGAAUUUAACCGGCGAUUAGGCGCACGCGCUCGUUAAAAGCAACCUCGCGCAAAUUUUGUGCCAUUCGACCAAUUUCCCGCCGCGGUUCGCGUCGGAGCCCUCGCCAAAUCAGCCACCAUGAACGGCACAGAGGGAGAAAACUUCUACAUUCCCUUCUCGAACAAGACGGGCCUUGCCCGCAGUCCGUUCGAAUACCCCCAGUACUACCUCGCCGAGCCAUGGAAAUACUCGGUCCUGGCCGCCUACAUGUUUUUCCUCAUCCUCGUGGGCUUCCCGGUCAACUUCCUCACGCUGUUCGUCACGGUGCAACACAAGAAGCUGAGGACGCCGCUCAACUACAUCCUGCUCAACCUGGCAGUGGCCAACCUCUUUAUGGUCCUCUUCGGCUUCACCCUCACCAUGUACUCCUCCAUGAACGGCUACUUCGUCUUCGGCCCCACCAUGUGCAACUUCGAGGGCUUCUUCGCUACUCUGGGCGGCGAGAUGUCUCUCUGGUCGCUCGUGGUCCUCGCCAUUGAGCGCUACAUCGUCAUCUGCAAACCCAUGGGCAACUUUCGCUUCGGCAGCACCCACGCCUACAUGGGGGUGGCCUUCACCUGGUUCAUGGCCUUGUCCUGCGCGGCUCCACCCCUCGUCGGCUGGUCCAGGUACUUACCGGAAGGAAUGCAGUGCUCCUGUGGGCCUGACUACUACACGCUGAACCCCAACUUCAACAACGAGUCGUUCGUGAUCUACAUGUUCCUCGUUCACUUCAUCAUUCCCUUCAUAGUCAUCUUCUUCUGCUACGGGCGUCUGCUGUGCACAGUGAAGGAGGCGGCCGCCGCCCAGCAAGAGUCUGCGUCCACGCAGAAGGCCGAGAAGGAGGUGACACGCAUGGUGGUGCUCAUGGUGAUCGGCUUCCUCGUGUGCUGGGUGCCGUACGCCUCGGUGGCCUUCUACAUCUUCACCCACCAGGGCUCCGACUUCGGCGCUACGUUCAUGACCGUGCCGGCCUUCUUCGCCAAGACCUCGGCCCUCUACAACCCGAUCAUCUACAUCCUCAUGAACAAGCAGUUCCGCAACUGCAUGAUCACCACGCUGUGCUGCGGCAAGAAUCCCCUGGGCGAUGAAGACUCGGGAGCCUCGACCAGCAAGACGGAGGUGUCAUCUGUGUCUACCAGCCAGGUGUCCCCCGCCUGAGACACGUUCGUGCGACACCACGACCAGGAGAUCCACGUGGAGGGUGGGUCGGAGGGUAGGCUAGAGGGGUAGAGUUUUGGGCGGUGUGUGUGUGUAAGUGAAUGUGGGUCUUACUGGAAGGAGGAGGAGGAAGAGGAGAGAGGCAUUGACAACCUCGACGACGAACACAAAACGUUUCGUUUUAGGCGGCGUCCGUGUGACGGUAACGAUCGUGGCGAUACGCAGCUCGGCGUUUUGGCUCUGAGGACCCUGGGAGCGACCCCCCCCCCCCCCCCACGCCCGUUGUCAGCUGUCCCUGUUGCGGCUAAAAGGUGAACACGGCACGGGCCCUGUAGGCGGGCGGCUCGUCUGCCAGGGGAGCCUCACGGGGGACGACGGGGCGAUUUCCCCGUCGCUUUAACCCACCGCCAAGUAGUUGUUGCGAAUAGAAAUGUUUCAAAUUGGGCAGAUUUGCUAACCGUGGGGACCCACGCCUGCUCCCUGCCUCCCUCCCUCCCUGCCUCCCCCCGGUCGCACGGUUGCCGCGCGCGGUUAAAGGGCCACUGCGCAGGGGGACAAUGGGGGGCGUCUGCGGAACGCCCUAACGCCUCCUGUUUUAUUAUUGCCAGAAAGAAGAGGAUGAUGCUCAUUCUUAUUUUUCAGACGGGGGGGGGGGGGAUGGGGCUGGGACGCGUUGUUCUUGUGAAGGCGAUGAGCGGAGCUGUCAUUGUGCGAUCGUCCUCAUGCAUAUAAGAUGGGAAAAGAAUAAGGGAAGGAGGUAUAGGUAGGGAGGG